AUGGACCGUUGGUGUAAUUUCAUCUUAUUGCUUUUACAUAUUUGCUUAUUCUCAGAUUUAAUUAAUUCCUUCCCAGUUCUGGAUGACGAUCAGAUUUUUAUUGACGAAAGAAGGACUAUAAAAUCAAUUGAUAGUGACAUCUAUUCGAAUCUAUACACCUAUGCACAUCUAAUAGAUAUCUCAUAUUGUAUAUCUGAGAUAAACCGAAUCGGUGAGCCAUUUGACUGCAAUCUAAACUGUGAUAAACGUUUCCCCAAUGUCUCCUUAGUUUAUCAAUUCUACUUUGACGAUUCUGUCACUGGAUAUAUUGCAACAACAAAGUCCAAUAUUUUUAAUUAUAAUCAGACUAUAGACAGAUCAAAGAAAACUAUUAUUGUAUCCUUGCGAGGAACUCGUUCGAUUUUUGAUACUAUGGCAGAUUUGAAACUAGAUAUGAUCCCUUAUACUAAUAAUGGUGUCAAAGUUCCACUAUGUGGGCAUAAUUGCAAAGUACACAGAGGAUUUUAUGAUUAUUAUUCAAGAACAUUAUCAUUGAUACAUCCAUAUAUAGCCCAGGAAUUACAAUCUGCCAAUGAAGAGGAAGAGGAUUACGAAUUACUUAUCCUUGGCCAUUCGUUGGGUGGUAGUGUUGCGUAUCUCCUUGGUCUUUAUUAUGUGGAUUUGGGCUAUGAUAAAAUCACAUUGGUAACUAUGGGUCAACCAUUGCUAGGAAAUAGAGAUUUUGUGGAAUGGGGUGAUAGAGUAUUAGGUAGCAAGUAUGAAGCAAAGCAUAAUGAUUUCAAACGGAAAUUUCUUCGUGUAAUACAUAAAAACGAUGUAGUUGCAACGAUUCCAAAAGAUCCUAAUAUUUUUAAUCAUUACUAUCAAUUUGAUAAUCAGAUCUAUUUAAACUGUUCUGAAGAAGAUAACAGACCUACAUUACAGGAGGUUGUUGAUUGUCUGGUAGGACUUAAUGAUCAAUGCAUUGCUAAAGAUUUUCCUGUAUUUCUGUUUGCCAGACAUAAUUAUUUGAGAAUACAUAUCACCUAUUUCAGACGAAUGGGUCUAUGUGGUAUGUUGGGAUAA